CUCUGGGUCCCAAUUAGUUGGUGUUGGCCACGGCAGUGCAGGGCCCCACCAGGCUUCUCAUUACCGCUGGCGGCUCCUAAUGAGCGUGGGGUGGAGUGACCCCGCGCCCCCAGCCCGGCCUGCGUCAUUGCCGCCGCGGGGGCUGUGAGGGUUUAUAAAAGGGGGAGUAAGCAUAGCUGCUGCCUGAGCCCACUGCACGGUGAUGGAGACCUGCCAGAUGUCCAGGAGCCCCCGAGAGCGGCUGCUGCUGCUUUUGCUGCUGCUACUGCUUGUGCCCUGGGGCACUGGCCCUGCCUCAGGUGUUGCCCUGCCCCUCGCUGGUGUGUUCAGGCUCCGCGCCCCCGGCCGUGCCUGGGUGGACUUAGGUACCCCCCUGUCUCGGCGCAGCCUGGCGCUAGCUGACGACGCAGCCUUUCGGGAGCGCGCCCGCCUGCUGGCCGCCCUGGAGCGCCGCCGCUGGCUGGACUCUUACAUGCAGAAGCUGUUGCUACUGGACGCGCCCUGAGCCUAAUAAAGAGCUUGUCGCACUGCGACUGCGCAUCCUUGCUGCGCCGCUCUUUUGUGGGUGUGU